AGCUAAAUGGGGAAAAUCACUCCUAAUGUACAGGCAUAUCACAAGACUACUUAUUUGCUUCCCCACAUUUGACAAAGCGAAAGCUUAGCUGGCUGGCCGUCUAAUAUAGGUCCACUGGCUGCCUGUGCUUCGGUCUGGCCCCGUUGACGUUUAAAAAUUUGAAUUAUCUGAAUUUGCUUUAAAACGUUCAUCAUGCCAACAAUUAAACUGCAAAGUUCAGAUGGAGAGAUCUUUGAGGUGGAUGUGGAAAUAGCAAAGCAGUCUGUGACUAUAAAGACAAUGCUGGAAGAUUUGGGUAUGGAUGAUGAAGGAGAUGAUGAUCCAGUCCCCCUCCCGAAUGUGAAUGCGGCUAUCCUCAAGAAGGUGAUCCAGUGGUGCACCCACCACAAAGAUGAUCCCCCUCCACCCGAGGAUGACGAGAACAAGGAGAAAAGGACGGAUGACAUACCCGUCUGGGACCAGGAGUUCCUCAAAGUGGACCAAGGGACCCUCUUCGAACUUAUUCUAGCUGCAAACUAUUUAGACAUCAAAGGACUGCUAGAUGUCACCUGCAAGACGGUGGCCAACAUGAUCAAAGGAAAGACCCCAGAGGAGAUCAGGAAGACGUUCAACAUCAAAAAUGACUUCACAGAGGAAGAGGAAGCCCAGGUACGCAAGGAGAACCAGUGGUGUGAAGAGAAAUAGUGUUGGAAGACUCCUCUAACACACUGAAAGGAUUGUUCCAGUAAUUGGUUGCACUGCGUUGUUCAUACUUGUUAAUAUUACAUUUAGUCUAUUAGAGUGACAGACCUCCCCCCGUGUACUCAUAGCAUGACCAUUUCCAUUGCUUGUGUGGUGCGAAAUAAUAUUUCAUGUUUUUACACAUUUUACUUCACUUUAUAUUCACUGUUCUGGGUUUUCUUUCCAAUUUCUAGAGUAGCUGCACUGCUCUCCCUGUUUUCAAUUGCUAUAGUAUUUUUUUAAUGAACAUGUUUACAUCUUUUUGUUGAGUCAACUGAAAUGAUGGCUCAAUACUGAAUUUUGUAAUCGCAGCCUCUUCUGUGUCGGUGUUUUAACGUCAUCUUAGGGAGACGAGCGUUAAUAGGACAUUUGAAGUGGGGGUAAAUGUGUGAAAUGUCCUGUGGACUGGAAAUACUUGUUGAAGUGUGUGUGUGUGCUGUCUUUCACACAACUUAUGGUAUUUACCUAUUUGGAUUGGAAUCUUUAAUCAGUUCUGCUCUGAAAAUGACAUUUAGGAUUACUAUUCAAUUCCAGGAGUAAGUAAAUUAAUUAAAAGAAUGUCUGUCUGCUGUUUGUGAUUGCUUGUUCAUCUGAUGUGAAAUAGUAAGGAGACUGAUCCAGAUUUUCAAAAUACUUUAAUACACAAAACAAAAAUGAGUAUUACAUCGAGAGCAGAAGUCGUUCAGUCUGUUCAAAUACAGAAGGUGGACUGUUUAGUACACAACUUUUUCCUGUGGUCAUUUUUUUGAUAUGAGCUGUGUGGUAGCUUUAGCAUCUUAUGGAUUAUCAGCCUAUAGUAUCGCCAAUGGGAGCAGUUUAAUGCUUGCAAGCAGUAAAUUAACCAUUGUUUUUUCACAUGUAUUUUUGGUACACUUAGGUGGAACAUGCACAAACUGAAAAUGACAUCUGUGGUAACUUCAAGGAAAGGCAAAGCUAAUGCAAAACUUAUCCACAAAAUGUGUUUUCUCUGAGAAGGAAAACGUAAAAAAAACAUGUAUUGCUUCAGAAAUGGUUGAGGGACUAAACAGAACUUUUAAAAACCCUUUACAUAACAUAUAAAAGUUUAUUUAUAGAGGGAAUUCAACAUUUAUAAAACUUUCCAACACAAUGAAAUAUGGUACCCAUUUGGUCUUUAGGUUAAAGAAUAGCAGAAGGUUCAUUCGCUGUGAGGCAGGCCAGAGACUACUGAAUGUAUUGUCCCCCUUGAUGAAAUCUAUCUGGCGUUGUCUACAUCCGUACAUUAGUCCUGCGAUAUCUGACACCACUGGCUUGAUUUUUGCAGAACCUGGGUGAAUGAUGCGUCUUGCCAUAGAGAUCUGGCAUUUACAAAAUGACAGAUUGGCCCAAGGGGGCCACUAUAGUAAUGAACUAAAUUUCUAAACUUUAAACAAGCAUAUGUCCUGUCCCGUUUGAGCCACAGUCAUUACUUUUAAACAUUUUCUUUUUUACAUAUAUGCAUCUCCUUAUGAGCAACACGUUUCCCAUUAGAACCUAUAAGCUCGGUCCAUUACAUACAGCGAAGGAUAAUUAUUACUUUAAAAAAAAAAAUGUAUACACAGAAAAUAUGUUCUAAUUGUUGUCACUAUCUGGGGGGGGGCACUGAAUCAUUCGUGGGGGUGACAUGUUUACUGUUGCCUUGUUUUUUUGUUAUAUAACUGCAUCCAUAUGAACAAACACCAAGAAUGUUGUAAUUCUGUGUGAGAAACCUACAUCAAAAUAAUGUAUCUCAAGAAUUUAACUGACAAGCAGGAAGUGCCUAAAACAAAUGAAUAUAACAUAGAGAUGAUUCUCUCCAAGGGGAGACAAUAACAUGUUUCCUCAGCGAAAAAAUAUAUAAUUUCUAUCUUAUACCACAUUGUUAAUCAAUAUAAAUACUAUAUGUUGGAAAAGGUUCCUUUGACACAUCUGAAUGUAAGUCUUAUGAAAAGGAGGAGCACAGUACUCUGUAAAAAUCUUUGGAAAAGGAAUCAAUUUGACUUGAGGCAGUUUGAAUAGAAGCAAUCAUCCCUGUACAUACAGUACUGCCUUCUGUACAGCAAUGUGAAAAUGACAUGAGCACUUAAUAAAUCAGUCAUGUGUCAGUCAGUUA